CGAAUGAAUAAAAACAGAACAAUCGAUUCGUUUGUAAAAUCAGAAUUAAACUCUUUUUAACUUGGCCGCUCCAGCUCAUACGAACAAUGAUUCGCUUUAUAUUGAUUUUAACGUCUUUGGCUGCCUUGAAUAAUGUAUUUGGUCAAGAUAAAAUGGUUGUAGAUCAACCAAUAAGAGAGAGCGAAGAAGCAAAAUGUAACUCGGUCCAAUGCGAUGACAAAACUGACGACAAAUUAAAUAAAUUGAUUCUAGAAGUGGCAGCAUCGUGCAAUUGUUGUUAUGGAUGCAAAAGUAAAGUUUAUUAUGAUUUAUGCAAACUUUGUGAAGAUUAUCGGAACUAUGAUCCAAAAACAAGUGGACUCAAUCAAUGCAUUAUAAACAAAUUAUCAAAUCCUUGUUACAAAUAUUACAAAUCAUUCCAACAAAUUUUGAAUAGUGGAUGUGGCAAUUUAUGUCAUAAAAGUAAUUUCAACAUUUAUACAUUCCUCUAUGAUGUCUGCUAUGGAUGUAAUGGAUGCCUUUGGCGUUGUUAUAUUCAAAACGGUGAUACAAUCCACUUUGAUCAGCCGUAUGCUGCAAAAGCCGGACCCACAAUGACUUCAACAUUAGCAUAGGCGUAUAUAACCUGGUUUCCGCAUCCAGCUUCCAAAUCAAUAUCUCAAAUAUAAAAAAAAUCAAUAUCUGAUCGAUAAAUGCAAACUUUUACCUCUAAUUGUUUAUCAAAUGAAGGUUCGGUUCAUACUCGUAAUAAAUGGUUAUCGUUUUACCACCCGAUUUAGAUUGAGUCGAGCUCAUAAAUAAAAUUCAACUAGCAUUUAAUUUUAUGAUACUAAAUACUUUCUGAAAUCACAGCAAUAAUAAAAAUUUACAUUUUGCAGCAUGAA